CUCUCCCGGCCUCGGCUCCCUGGGCUCCGGCUCCUGCUGCGGUCUCCCGGGUGCAGGGCAGUUCUCAGGCCGCGCCGCCAGCUGACUUUGAGGUCUCCGAUGGCUAACGAAGCUCGUCCCUGCCCCUGUGACAUUGGGCACAGACUGGAGUAUGGAGGCAUGGGGCAGGAAGUCCAAGUCGAACACAUCAAGGCUUAUGUCACCAGAUCCCCAGUCGAUGCCGGCAAAGCCGUGAUUGUCAUUCAAGACAUAUUCGGGUGGCAGCUGCCCAACACCAGGUACAUGGCUGACCUGAUUGCAGGAAACGGAUACACAACCAUCGUCCCCGACUUCUUUGUGGGGCAAGAGCCGUGGAGCCCCACUGGUGACUGGGCCACCUUCCCCGAGUGGCUGAAAACAAGAAAUGCCAGGAAGAUCGAUAGGGAGUUCGACGCUGUGCUGCGGUACCUGAAGCAGCAGUGCCAGGCCCGGAGGGUGGGCGUCGUGGGCUUCUGCUGGGGCGGCAUCGCCGUGCACCACGUGAUGAUGACGUACCCAGAACUCAGGGCGGGGGUGUCCGUCUACGGCAUCGUCAAGGAUUCUGAAGAUGUUUACAGUUUGAAGAACCCCACGUUGUUCAUUUUUGCUGAAAAUGAUGCUGUGAUUCCCCUGGAGCAAGUCUCUUUGCUGACGCAGAAGUUGAAAGAACACUGCAAGGUUGAAUAUCAAAUUAAAACAUUUUCUGGGCAAACCCAUGGUUUUGUGCAUCGCAAGAAAGAAGAUUGUCUACCUGCUGACAAGCCUUACAUUGAUGAGGCGAGAAGGAAUUUAAUCGAGUGGCUGAACAAGUACAUUUAGUAGUGAACAGGUACACUCUCAAAACAAGACUCAUCCAAACGGUUGCCUUCCAAUACUUACCAUUUGAUUUUUUUUACUUUAAAUAAUUUCAAGAUUCCAACAUUUAUUUUAUAUAAUCUAAAAUAUAUUCAGUGGAAAAUGUUAAUAUAUGAAAAUAAUUUUAACAUGUUUAAAUAAAAAAUAAAAAUGAAAUAAAAAAAUUAAAAAAGUUCUGUACCUGGAGAAUCGGAAUGAUCAAUACCCUAGCUAUUAGAAAACACCUGGGCUCUCCAGGGAACCAGCUGAGAGCUCAAGUGUGGCCUCUCUGGUCUUUAACUGAACACAUCCUUUAAAAUGACUAAGGUGUGAAGAAACUUAACUGUGAGCUGGGGCAGAGUAAGAUACACUUGGACUUUGUCUUAAGAGAACUGAAUUUGUCACAUUUAUGUUGUAAUGAGAAGUGUUAUAAUUAAAAUGUUCCCAUGGAUCGAACUAUAUCAAGCUAAUAAACUGACUUUGAUGUCUCUGGGUUGCAGAGGCUGGCUUUAGA